CAAUAAAUAAACAUUAAGUGGAAAUAACGUAAAUAAAGUAAUUCAAAUUACGAUGAAGUUAUAUUUGGGAUUUAUUACUACAAUGACCAUUUGCUGUCAAAUGGCAAUGGCAGGACGUUUUAAUAUUACUUGUUAUUAUGAUACCGCUAGUAUUAAAAGAGGAGGAUUUGCCAACUAUACCGAAACUGAUUUAAAAUCAUCUUUCGAAUAUUGCACCCACGUAGUUUAUGGUUAUGUUGGCUUGAAACCCGAUUCAUUUGCCAUCGAAACCCUGCUGCCGGAGCAAAAUUUAAUAUUUUCUCAAGUCAAAAAAUUGAAACAAAAAAAUCGUAAUAUUACAUUUUUAGUAAGUUUAGGUGGUGGUAAGGAUUUGAGUAAUCGUGAAAAAUAUAUGAAACUUCUGGAGGCGUCCCUUCAAAAACAAAGCAAAUUCAUAGAAUCAGUAAAAAGUUUUGUGCGUCAAUAUAAUUUUGAUGGUUUAGAUUUGGCCUAUCAAUUUCCAAACCAUAAGAAACAUAAAUCAACAGUUAAUAAAAUGUUUGAUCAAGCCAAAAAAGUAUUAUCGAAACAUAAAAUGGCUAAACCACUUAAAAAACAUAUUGUUAAUGUAAAUGUGCAUAAGAAGAGGUUCACGGAAUUGGCAAAUAAACUUAAGAACACCUUAAAACGAGAUAAUCUUAUGUUGACCUUGACUGUUUUGCCACAUGUCAAUGCCAGUAAAUACCUAAAUAUACGCUCUGUUAUGGAAGAUUUUGAUAUGGUCAAUUUGGGCACCUUUGAUUACUCUACGCCCGAAUAUACUCCCAAUGAUGCCGACUACUUGGCUCCCCUAAACUCGCUUUAUAACAAACAAAUCUCACGCCAUCGUAACUCCAAUGUCGAACAAGAUGUACGCCUAUGGCUUUCUCAACAUAUACAAUCUAGAAAACUUAAUAUUGGCAUUGCUACCUAUGGCCGUGCAUGGAAAUUGCCAAAGCCCUUGAAAUCUAAUGUUAUGCCCAUUAAAUCAGCACUUGAUGGCCCUGCUUCGGGUGGUGAAUUAACACGUACGCCUGGCUUAUUAAGUUGGCCGGAAAUUUGUUUAAAAGUUCCCAAAAUGUCGAAAACUAUGAAUAAGAAUUAUGGCAAUUUUGCCUUCCGUACUCCUAAUGUUAAAGGUCAAGAGGGUUUCUUAAUAACAUAUGAAGAUCGCGAUAGUCUUGGAGCAAAAGCUGAAUUUGUCAAGAGAAAUUCUUUGGGUGGUAUAGCUGUAUUCGACUUGUCAUUAGAUGAUUUCCGCGGUAAAUGUAAGGAAGGUCAAUAUCCAGCUCUGAAAGCAAUUAAAUAUAAAUUGAUUUAAUUGUGUCAAGAGUUUUUAAGCUAUGUACUAAAAAAGAUCCAGUAGAUUUAAAAAUA